GCAGUUUUUUUUAUACACUUCUCCUUGCUAACCGCUUCUGGUCAACCGCUACACCUGCCUGUUUUUACCCCAAACCAAAAAUUACUUACAAUGGAUGAUUUUGAUAUGUUAAAUGCCCCAAACGCAGGCAAUGGCGUGGGUUCCGAGGAGGACCCAGCUGCCGCUUUUCUGGCCCAACAGGAGAGCGAAAUAGCGGGCAUUGAAAACGACGAGGGCUUCAGCAUCCUGGACAGUGGAGAGGUACCCUUGUCCAUGGGAGACUCUAAUGAUGGUGCCAUCAACGGAGACUUUCAUGGGGAAAGCAAUGGUCCUUCAGAUGCCUAUGCAGCUAUUUCCAAUGCUGAUCGUCUUCAGGCUGAGCCCGAAAGUCUACGCAAGUGGAGAGAGGAGCAAAGUGAGAGACUGGAGGUGCUAGAUGCAAAUUCUCGCAAGCAGGAGUCAGAAUGGAAGGAGAAAGCUAAGGCAGAACUGGAAGAUUGGCACGCCAGGCAGAAUGAGCAGCUGGAAAAAACCAAGACCAACAACAGGGUUCUGGAUGAAGACUUCUACAAACAGCCGUUCUCUGAUCUCAUUGGUUAUGUCACACACAUUAACCAUCCUUGCUACCGCCUAGACCAGGCUGCUGAAGAGGCUAUGAUUUCAGACCUGGACGAAAACAACCCUGGGACUGAGUGGGAGCGUGUGGCCCGCCUCUGUGACUUCAACCCCAAGUCCAGCAAACAGGCCAAAGAUGUGUCCCGCAUGCGCUCUGUGCUCAUCUCCCUCAAGCAGGCUCCUCUGGUCCGUUAGGCAUCAUACCACUCAGGACAUCCCAUAUCAUCUACAAUGCACCCUGGUCCACUCGCCUACCUGUCUGCAAAACAAACACAAGGGAGGUCAGCUCAGUUCAUACCUGUUCAAUGUAUUUUCCAUCCUCCAAGCACCAGCUCCCUGUAAUCCCAAUAUAGGUUUUUACAUUUUUUUAGUUAUAGCCAGAUAAAAUUAAAAAUCUCUUAUUAGCUGAUCCCACGUGACGUAAAAAGGGAAGGGUUGAGUCUGAGUUUACACUGAAAGUCUCACUACAUGCAGUUCAAUAUUCAAACUAUAUCAUUUCCAUAGAUGCUGUUUGUCAGGUCUUAGUGUUAAUAACCAUGUGAGAUGUGCCCCAUGUCCAUUCACAUCAUGUAUAACUUUUAAAAGUGUUUUUUUUAAGGACCAAACUGUAAAACUAAAGUUCUGAGUGUACUCUAAACUGUGUGUGAAGCCAGCUCUUGGCUAAUGUUCAAUUUUCCAAUCUAUGCAUUUAUUAUGACAUUUUCUCUGUCAGGAAGUAAUACAAGACCAGUCAUUACUAUUACUAUAGUUUUUAUGUCUGCGUGUGUGUAUGUACUCUGUGGACACCUAUGUACAUAUAUACAGAGUCUAUAUAAAUAAAGUAUAUAACAAAAUCAAUGAAUACUGAUUGUGAUGUUAAAACUAGAUAUUUGUUAGCUGUUCCUUGACCAUGUGCAUCCAUUGUCCUUUACUUUCAAUAUCAAUAAAUAAACAGAAACUCA